GAGCAUAGAGCCAAGGAGCCAGCCCAGCCUCUGACCGUCGUGGUGACAGCCACAUACUGAAGGACUAAACUUUUUGGGAGUCUCCUCAUCCGACCUUGCUGACUCGUUGGUUAUUGUUGGUUUGGAGGGAAUGCACAUAUUCUCCGUUUGCUCUGUAACUGGUUUUGAGGACACAUUAAGGAAAGGAUCCAAACGAAUGGGAAUGCGGCAGCGCCAAACUCUCACAAUGCGGGCAGAGUGAAGGGGCAGAACACAAUACCAUUCCACGGGCUGUGGGGGUUACUCGCUACAAUCUUUCAGUGGGGUAUUCUUCCAGACGAAAUAUCAUAGUUACUCUUUUUUUCCCUGAUUACUUCUUUAACCCAGUAUUGCGAAGUCUAGUGUUUUUGAGUAGAAGAACCAGCCAUGACGUCUCCGGCCAAAUUCCGAAAGGACAAGGAGAUCGUAGCCGAAUAUGAAACUCAAGUUAAAGAGAUCCGUGCCCAGCUGGUGGAGCAGUUCAAGUGUCUGGACCAGCAGUGUGAGCUGAGAGUGCAGCUGCUGCAGGACCUGCAGGACUUCUUCAGGAAGAAAGCGGAGGUCGAGAUGGACUACAGUCGUAACCUGGAGAAACUGUCUGAGAGGUUCCUUGCGAAGACACGUAGCACCAAGGACCACCAGCUCAAGAAGGAGCAGACUGUACUGUCUCCAGUUAACUGCUGGAACCUGUUGUUGAGUCAGGUGAAGAGGGAGAGCCGAGACCACGCUACCCUGUCUGACCUCUACCUCAAUAACAUCAUACCGCGCUUCGCCCAGGUUAGCGAGGACUCCGGACGACUCUUCAAAAAGAGUAAGGAGGUUGGUGUCCAGCUUCAGGAGGAUCUGAUGAAGGUUCUGAACGAGCUCUACGCGGUGAUGAAGACAUACCACAUGUACAACACAGACAGUAUCAACUCUGAGAACAAACUGAAGGAUGCAGAGAAACAGGAGGAGAAGCAGAUGGGGCGCUCUGGUCGCCAGGACGACAGACAGACUCCCAGGUCACCUGACACACUGGCCAGCAUCAAGACGGAGGAGAAACAUGUCCGACGCUCCUCAGUCAAGAAGAUAGAGAAGAUGAAGGAGAAGAGGCAGGCUAAGUACACAGAGAACAAGCUUAAAGCAAUCAAGGCAAGGAAUGAAUACCUGCUGGCUCUGGAGGCUACGAACAGCUGUGUCUUCAAAUACUACAUCCACGACUUGUCUGAUAUCAUCGACUGCUGUGACCUGGGCUACCAUGCCAGUCUCCACCGUGCAUUGCGGACCUACCUGUCAGCGGAGAUGAACGUGGAGGCGUCUAAACACAGCGGCCUGGAGGGCCUGGAGGGGGCAGCAGAGAGCCUGGAGCCCAAUGGGGACAAGCAGAGACUGAUGGAAACCUACAACAACGUCUUCUGUCCCCCCAUGCGCUUCGACUUCCAGUCACACAUGGGAGACACGAUGGGGUUAGUAUGUGCCCAGCAGCCGUUAGAAGGGGAGUUACUCCAGAGGUGUCAGCAGCUGCAGUCCCGUCUCUCCACCCUCAAGAUUGAGAAUGAGGAGGUGAAGAAGACUAUGGAGGCCACUCUGUCGACCAUCCAGGACAUGGUGACCGUGGAGGACUAUGAGGUCAGCGAGUGUUUCCACCACAGCAACUCCAUGGAGUCGGUCAAGUCCACCAUGAGCCAAUCAUUCCUCAGCAAACCCAGCCUGGCCAAGAGACGGGCCAAUCAACAGGAAACGGAGCAGUUCUACUUCACUAAACUGAAGGAGUUUCUGGAGGGCCGGAACUUGAUCACCAAACUGGAGGCCAAACAUGACUUGAUCCAGAAGACCCUGGGAGAGAGUCAGAAGACUGAUUGUUGCCUUGCCAGUGACAGGAGUAACUCUGCACUACGGAAUCAGCAGGCUGGCCAUGUCAUCCCUCUGAUGGUGGAGAGCUGUAUCCGCUUCAUCAGUCGCCAUGGUCUGCACCAUGAGGGCAUCUUCAGAGUGUCUGGCUCUCAGGUGGAGGUCAAUGACAUCAAGAACGCCUUUGAGAGAGGUGAGGACCCAUUGGCAGGAGAUCAGAAUGAUCAUGACAUGGACUCCAUCGCUGGUGUUCUAAAGCUCUACUUCAGAGGACUGGACCACGCCCUCUUCCCCAAGGAAGUCUUCCAUGACAUCAUAUCCUGUGUCUCAAUGGAGAACCUGCAGGAAAGGGCUGUCCACAUCAGGAAGGUUCUGCUGACUCUGCCCAGCAACACUCUCAUCAUCAUGAGAUACCUGUUCGCCUUCCUCAACCACCUGUCCCAGUACAGUGAGGACAACAUGAUGGAUCCCUAUAACCUGGCCAUCUGUUUUGGUCCCACUCUGAUGUCAGUCCCAGAGAGCUGUGACCAGGUGUCCUGCCAGGCCCACGUUAACGAGCUCAUCAAGACCAUCAUUAUCCUCCAUGACGGGGUUUUCCCCGGACCAGGUGACCUGCAGGGGCCCGUCUACACCUGCCCAGGGGCCACCGACGAGUACUGUGAGCCCCCCCUAGUGGAAGAACCUGCUCCUGACACCAUCUCUGUCAUCCACAACAGCGAUGAUGGCUUGUUGGUCGUUUCAGAAUCUGACCCAAUAGUGGCCAUUGCUCGCUUCGACUACUCUGGACGGACCAACCGGGAGCUGUCGUUUAAUAAGGGCGCGUCUCUCCUCCUUUUCCAGCGAGUCAGUGAUGACUGGUGGGAGGGCCAACACAACGGAGUGGACGGACUAGUGCCUCACCAGUACAUAGUGGUUCAGGACAUGCAGGAUGGGGGCAGAGGCAGUCCUAAGACUGAGGCAGAGUUGCAGGAGGAGAGAGUGUCCACUAGGGGCAUCGCUGCCUCUCCCACUGGAGCUCAUGUGGCUGACGUCUACCUGGCCAACCUCAACAAGAUGAGGAAGAAGCCGGAGUUGGGGAGUAUCCGUAGAACCUUCCGGGUGUCUGAGGGGGGACAGGGGGGUGACGUACCCCCAACGGGGGCGACUGGUGGGGGUGUGAGGACGGCCAGUCUGCCUGUGGGAGGGGCUCUGUUGAAAGAGGGCGGUGACAAACGACCAGUCAGCGCCCACAGUGUCCUCAACUCCUCCAUUACACGCCACUCCUCUCUCAAGACCAAGGUGGAAAGCCCUCAGUUCCGCAAAGCGACCACAGCGGGGCGCUCUAAGAGCUUCAGCAACCACAGACCUCUGGACCCUGAGGUCAUCACUCAGCUGGAGCCCACCUCACAGGAUAUCGAGGCGGCUAUGAGCUCUGCUCUGAGAGAGCUGGAGAGGCAGAGCAGUGUCCAGCACACACACACCCCCGACGUGGUGCUGGACACUCUGGAGCAGCUGAAGGGUGUGUGUGGUGGAGGAGGAGGGGGCGCGUCAGAGCCCUCCAGUCCCCUCCACUCCCGUCUGCUGAGGGACAGCGACGGCGCAGGACCUCCACACUCACACCCUCUCCAACGCAGCGCUUCGUCUGCUAGCGACGUCCCCUCCUCCUUCCGCCCUUCCUAUCCCAGGAGCACCCUGCCCUCCUCUCUCGCCUCCUCAGCCCUCUCUUUCUCCACUCCCUCCUUCCGAGAGCCUCGUCCUCCAGCCACGCGGCCCAAGCCGGUGGUCUUCCCCAAGGGAGGAGGAAGCAGCAGUCCGGCUAUGGGGUCCCCAACCUCCACUGUCCCCCCUCCUCCCCCACCCCCACCCCAGCCCAACGACAAGUCCUGCCCCGCCUGAGGAGUGACAUCACACACGCUCCACUUCCAUACACAAACCACUGCCCCAUCUCCCCUCACCCAAUGACAAGUGGGAUAGCUCUCACCUAGGAUCAGCUUACCCUCCCAAACAAAGCAUUAUGGGAGUUAGACUGUAUAAAGCCUCCAUGACUCAAACAAGGGAUCAAACGAACAUACAGCACGACAAUAAAGAGACAUGGAACCUGUGCUGUAUAUACUGGUGUGAGGUGUGUGUGUGUGUGUGUGUGUGUGUGUGUGUGUGUGUGUGUGUGUGUGUGUGUGUGUGUGUGUGUGUGUGUGUGUGUGUGUGUGUGUGUGUGUGUGUGUGUGUGUGUGUGUGUGUGUGUGUGUGUGUGUGUGUGUGUGUGUGUGUGUGUGAGCGUGCCUGUGUGAGCGUG